AUGUGUCUCUGUCUGCAUCCCUCUUAUGAGGCUGUUCCAGUUAGUGGCGAUUCUCCCAGCGUUGAAUUUGGUUCAUCUUCCCAAUUCAACGAUCCUGCUUUAUUCCUCUCUUGCUCUGUUCAGGAGCAGCUUAGCUCAUUUCCUGUUGAUCGCACCGACCUCUUCCUUUUGCAACUAGCCUGCCUUCUAGCCAGGGCCCCCGAUUGGCGGCGACGGCGACCUCGUGUGCGUGUCUUCUUGCCUAUACCAUCAAACCGUCUGUCGAACUCAAGCAUUUUUGGCGAAUCCCGCGCAGCGAGUUUCUCGUAUCCUACGAUCAACGAAGCAGACACCAAGGAUGCAGUAUAUAACUGCUUAAAGAAGCAACUUACUGCCUUACUCUCGGACCUGAGGAUUCCCGUCAGCUUAUUUCUAUUUUUCUGCUAUUUUGUUUAUAUCUAUGGCUCUGACAAUUUUGUGAUUAUUUUGCGAAACCUAGCUUUUCUAUAUUAG